AUGGCCAACCUCAUCGACGACGACUACAUACUAAUCCCCCAUCCAAACGACACCAUCGCCAAAAAAUCCACAACACCCAACUACCUCUCCACAAUCUCCACCCACAUCAACAGCCUGAGUCCAAAACUCGGUGGCAUCAGUCUAGCAAUCCACGAUCAUCCUGAGCUCAAUUACAAAGAAUUCAAAGCUUAUACGUUGCUGGUAAACUUCUUUGAGGGAAUGCAUGGGUGGAAGGUUGAACCACAUGCUUAUGGGAUUGAGACUGCUUUUAUUGCUUCCUUUGAGAACGAGGGAGUUGACAAGGAGAAGGGAAAGCAGAAGGUUGUGAGUUUUAAUGUCGAGUAUGAUGCAUUACCGGGCAUUGGACAUGCUUGUGGGCAUAACCUUAUCGCUAUUGCUUCAAUCUCGGCUGCUUUGGCCACGAGACAUGUGAUGGAGAAGUUUGGAAUCGAGGGCAAAGUCGUGGUGUUUGGUACACCCGCCGAGGAAGGUGGCGGCGGUAAAAUCAAACUCCUUGAUGCCGGAGCAUACACAGAUCACAAAGUCGACAUCUCCUUAAUCUCCCACCCCGGCAUAACACCCGACGCCUCUUUGGUCCGCACAUCAGCCUACCUUGCCUUCUCAAUUUCAUACCACGGCAAAGAAGCCCACGCCGCCGCAGCACCCUGGGAAGGUAUAAACGCCCUCGACGCCAUGAUAACAGCCUACACCGCUCUAUCCGUCUUACGUCAACAAACUCAGCCCGGAGAUAUCAUACAAGGAUGCAUCACUUCAGGAGGUGCAAAACCCAACAUCAUACAUGCAUAUGCAGCAGGAGAUUUUGUGGUAAGGUCGAGUAGUAAGAGGAGAUUGGAGGGGUUGAAGAAGAGGGUGGAUAGGUGUUUUGAAGGUGCUGCUGUGGCUACGGGCGCGGAGUUGAAAACGAAGAUGCAGAGUAGGUAUUUGGAUCAUGUGCCUAAUGCUGCUCUGGGAAAGGGAUACGCAAAGUACUUCGAAGCAUUGGGGGGAAAGAUGCAGAGGCCGGAAAUUGAGCUUUUGAUUAGUUCGACACAGGCGAGUACAGAUCAGGGGGAUAUCAGUCAUGCUAUGCCGUCGCUUAGUCCUGGGUUCUGGAUUAAAAGUGUAGAUGCGGAUGGGAAGCAAGGUGGUGGACCGCAUACACCGGACUUUACAAGAGCGAGCAGGACGAAAGAGGCACAUGAGAAGGCAUUGAUGGUUGGAACGGCGUUGGCCGCUACGGCUAUUGAUGUCUUGACCGUGGACGGCUAUCUUGAUGAGAUCAAGAAGGAAUUUGAAGCCAGUCAAGGGGACUAG